AUGCAAAUAGAAAACGAUAAACUAGAAGAGACAAGAAAGCAGUUACAAAAAAUGACGAAAGAAAAAGAAUGUGAAGUAGUUAAAGAGGUAAGGAACGGAAUAGAACAGUUAGCUGCGCAGAAAAUAUGGAUAGUGGAAGAGCUCGAGUUGAAAAUCAAAUCAUAUGCGGAGGCAGUUGCUGGAAAAACGGCUCCCCCAAAUAACCAAAUAACAACAUUAGAGAAAAACUGGGUGAAACCAACUCUCCACACGCCAACCAAAACAACCGACACGGCAGAAAAUACGCUCGAACAUGUGAGAAAGUUACUACAGAACUUUGGGACCGACUACGUAGAAGACAUAAAACAAGCUUUGAAAACGCACAAUAAAGGAUUGACCGAACACAUGCAAGAAGAAGACUGGCGGAGAGGCUACACAGGGAUAAGAGUUGUCCAAUGCAACAACCUUCUCGAAGGCGAAGUAAAUAAGGCCGCUGUAGUGGUCUUUGAUAAUAAUAUCAGAAUCACACAAUUCCCGGCCCUUACCACUACCAACGUCGUAACGGCCCGAUUAAGCACAGAGUGCUGGGACGUAAUAGUGGUUUCAUACUACUUCGAGCCCGGAAAGGAUAUUAGUCUUUAUCUAAAACAGCUAGGAGAUAUCGUUAGUACAGUCAAGCAGAGAAUCAUACUAGGAGGAGACGCUAACGCAAAGAACCCCUGGUGGGGUGGCUCCAAAGUCGAUAGGAGAGGCCUGGACUUCGAAGCUAGUGUCAAUGAAUGGGGCCUGCACAUAUUGAACAGGAUGGACAGGUCCCAACAUUCGAUACUGUUAGAGGCACCCGAUGUCUAA